GGACAGACUGGUUGCUUAAGAUAGUGAAUAUAUAUAUGUACUUCAGGGAACAAAUUGACUCGCGUUACUCAUGGAUUUCACUGCAUUUUCACUGCAUUUUGUGUGCCUGGCAUUGUCCUUUGUCACAAGUUUCGCCAUUUUACUGCGUGGCCUAAAUGUUUGCAGUCAUCCGGAAAGAGUUCCGUAUAACCAAAAGGUUCUUAAAAGUAAAUUGGUUCCGUUUCAACAGUAUUCAUACUUUCAUGGUUGGGUUACUAAGUACAGGCAUCAAUAUGUCUAUGAAGAUGAGACUGCCUACAUGACCGUAAUGAGACCCAGAUGCUGUGAAGGCUACGAAGGAUCAGUUGAGAACUGCAAACCUGUCUGCAGACAGCAGUGUCCUCAACAUGGAUUCUGCUCGUCCCCCAAUACUUGCAGUUGCAACACGGGCUACAGCGGUUUAGACUGCCAUCCCGUUUGCCCAACGGAAUGUGGUAAAAACGAUUUUUGCGAUCGCCCCGGAGUCUGUAGCUGCCAAAAUGGCUACAAUCGAACUUCUCCCAGCGACAAUUGCCUUCCUGUUUGCGAAGAGGAAUGUGGACACCAUAGCUUUUGCUCGGAGCCCGGGAAAUGCGAAUGUGAACCUGGGUACGAGAAAUUGGGAAACGGCACCGCCUGCCAUCCAGUUUGUUCACCCGAGUGUGCGGAAUACGCUCGAUGCCAGGAGCCACAAGUUUGCACCUGUCUAGAUGGAUACAAGGACGAUUCAAAUGGAAAUUGCUCGCCCAUUUGCCAGAAGAAUUGUGGCCAAAACAGCCGAUGUGUGAGGCCAGGUGUGUGCGAGUGUGAAAAUGGAUAUACGGGUGACGACGGUGGCACCAAUUGCCAACCCGUGUGCUCCACUUGCCCGGAGAACGGAUUAUGCUUGAGUCCCGGCGUUUGUGUCUGCAAGCCGGGUUACGUAAUAAGAAAUGAUCUCUGCCAGCCGCAUUGCGAAAACUGCUCGGAUUCCGAGCACUGCGUGGCGCCCAACCAAUGCGAGUGCCUUCCGGGCUUUGAGUCGUCGGGGGCGGACCAGGAGUGCAAACCCAAGUGCAGCAAAGGAUGUACCAACGGCUUUUGCUUUGCACCGGAGACGUGUGUUUGCAGUAUUGGCUAUCAAAUGGGUCCCAAUCAAGUUUGUGAGCCACAAUGCAGCCUAAACUGUGUUCAUGGCAAGUGCACCAGCCCAGAAACCUGUACCUGCGAUCCGGGUUAUCGCUUCAAGGACAACUCCCAUCACGAGUGCGAUCCGAUUUGCGACAGUGGCUGCAGCAACGGAGAAUGUAUUUCACCCAAUAUUUGUAUAUGCCACGGCGGCUAUCAGCCCAAUAGCACAAAUCCUGUCACUUCUAUGUGUCAGCCGGUCUGCGAAGACUGCCAAUUCGGAGACUGUGUGGCACCGAAUGUGUGCGAGUGCAACGUGGGCUAUGCGAAUAUCAAUGGAGUAUGCGAGUUACAAACCACGACGGACUCCCAUGAAUACAGCACCACAACUGCGGAGGUCCAAGCAUCAACUGCAGAGCCUGAAAUUCAGACACCAACCAGCGAGGUUACCCACUUAAAUUGCACUGCCGGUUGCAUGUGCUGGAUUGAAUACGAUGGGAUGGGUACUUUCAAUACGGCCAAGUGUGCUAAGAUCUGCGCCGACCCCCAGGACAAGCCGUGCCUCAAUUUGGACAAUUGCCAUUGCGAUGUAUCGAGUGGUCAGCUGGUGUGCCAAGAGGAUAGUGACGCGGAUUACAGCGGGGAGAAUUCGCGUUACGUCUGUCAUAUUUUGCCAGCGAAGAGAGCAAGAUCAAAAGCCGAGGUACGGAUUCCUGACCGAACUGAAUCGUCCGCCAAGUUUAUGAUUAUCGUAGGCUCCUGCGCUGGAAUGAUCCUUGGUGUGGCCGCCACAAUCAUUGGCACGAAGUACUAUCGACGUUCUACCUCCAGACAAAAUUUCGAAGCCGAACAAGCCAUCUAUGAAUGUGAUUUUGAAUAGUUUUAAUCCACACAAAAUCACAUAUCCUUUCAAAAUUGGUUGUAAAAUUGUUAAAUUACUUUCAGUAAAAUAUGUUAUAAAUUUAAAUACAUUUAUAAAUGCCAGUCUAAAGUUUUGCCAUUCGCCCAGAACGUCUUACAACACUAAUUGUUGGCACUAAUUGUCAAGGCAACCCUGAUAACUUCAUCGCAAUCAAAAUGAAACGUUUAAUAACACAGAAAAGUGAUUGAGUCACACUAGCUACAAAUCAGUGGAGGCCUUUUAAGCAUACAUACAUACAUGUAAAACGUUUUCGGACUAAUAAAAUUACUGAGAUCAA